UCAUUCAUUCAUUCAUUCAAUCAAACCCUUCUCAUUCCAAAAUCAAUUAUUGUGUGUUGCCUUACUUUAUUUUCCUCUCAAUUUGUUUUGUCCAAACUAAAACAAAACACUUGGCUAUUUCCUCCAAACUACCUCUUGCCCUUCUAAAAAAAAGGUCUUUUGCUUAUUCUUUGUUACUCAUAUUCCAUUCUUGAAUGUUAUUUUAUUGACACCAUCGUCACCGGAGUCGACAAUGUCGUCCGCCGCCGCUGAAGUUUCCGACCAAUUCGAUACCCCAACUCUCGACGCAGAGUCUUCGGUCCUUCUCCACACCAUCUCCGAGCACGGCGGCUAUGCUUUCGUCCGCAUGGCGGCUCAAGCUGAAGCCGGCGACUUCCGCGCCGCUGAGGCGGCGCGCGAGAUGGCUUGGGAGCAGCUCCACUCGGGCCCAUGGCACUCCGUCCAGCCCGCCUGGCGCGACGCUUACUCCAUGGCCUGCCUCCGCGUUGCCAAGCUUCAUUUCGCUAGCGGCGAGUUCAAGGAGGCCCUUAGGGUUUUGGAUAUGGGGUUAAUCAUGGGUGGCACUCUUCUGAGGAAAGAUUUGGACUCUGCUGUUCACAAAGUCUCCGCCAAGGCUAGGGAUUCUGAAGGUCAUGCAGUCAAUAAUGGCUCUUCUUCUUCAUCAUCAUCAUCAACCAAAUCGGAGUGUCAACUGGUCCAUGAUGGCCUCGACAAGGCGCAGAUCCUUCAAAUGUUGCCCGAGAAGUCAUUGACUGUUAAGACAGUGGUGAAAAGGUCUGGUCUGUCUUUGGAGGGAUUUCUUCGUGAAUAUCUCUUGAAUGGAUUACCAGUGGUUAUAAGCGAUGCCAUGGCUCAUUGGCCAGCAAGGACAAAGUGGAAAGACUUGGAUUACUUAAAGACCAUUGCUGGGGGCCGUACUGUGCCUGUUGAGGUUGGGAAGAACUAUCUGUGCUCUGAAUGGAAGCAAGAGCUCAUCACGUUUUCACAGUUUCUUGAGAGGAUUCAAGCUGUUGGCUCUUCUUCCUCAUCCCCUGCUGUCCCAACAUAUCUUGCUCAGCAUCCAUUAUUCGAUCAGAUAAAUGAGCUACGGAAUGACAUAUGUGUUCCUGACUACUGUUUUGCUGGUGGGGGUGAGCUAAGAUCUCUAAAUGCUUGGUUCGGCCCGGCUGGUACAGUGACACCGUUACACCAUGAUCCACACCAUAAUUUACUUGCUCAGGUGGUUGGAAAAAAGUAUGUGAGAUUGUAUCAUUCUUCAUUGUCAGAGGAGCUUCACCCAUAUACUGAAACUAUGCUUUUCAAUUCAAGCAAGGUUGAUCUAGACAACAUAGACGAGGAAGUAUUUCCAAAGGUGCGGGACUUAGAAUUCGCAGACUGCAUUUUAGAGGAAGGCGAAAUGCUUUAUAUCCCACCUAAAUGGUGGCACUAUGUGCGAUCUCUAACAACAAGUUUUUCGGUUAGCUUUUGGUGGAGUGACUCUGAAAAUUCAACUGAUUCUUGAUUUUUCAUUGCUUCCAUGCGGUUUUUGUUCCCUUCUUUUUGAUAAUGGUUGGGCACGGUCCUUAAUUAGAACUUUAGCAGGUAUGUGAGUACACAAACCAGAGCGUUUUGCUAUUGGAUCAAUAGUUUAUUCUUGUGUAUAUAGCAUUUUUCAACGCUCAGGCUAGACUUGCAUAUUUUUGUUGAUUAAUGGAAAUGUGUGAACUUCUUAAAGAAGAAUGUUUUUGCUUUAAUAUUAAAUUUUAGUGAUUUGUUUCAUCUUUA